GAGAGGAGGGAGCGAGGAGGAGGAGGAGAGGAGAGGAGCGAGGCAGCGCCGCUCGCUGCCGCCUUCGCGCCCCAGCCCAGCCCCGGGGCAGCCCUGAAGCCCCCCGCACGCCCAGGGGCUCUGAGAAAGCAGCGCCUUCCCCAGGCUGUCUUUGGGAGGUGGCAAAGCUCUGUACCUGCUGGAGCAUUGCUGAUCACUCUCACCAACCAAACAUGCAGAGGGCAUGAGAGCCCACAGGACCUGACUCAGUCAUCACUCAGAGGAAAGGAGAAGGCAAGAAAGGAAAAGAAGCAGUUGAGAUCCACCAGCAGCUGCCACAGGGCAUCGGCUCCAGCACUGAGCUCCCAGAGAGGGCCAACAGCACAAAUGAGUUGCAGUGCCACAUCUUUCCUAGACCAUGUCAUUCCCAGCACACAAGGCUGAACAUGUAAAGUGACUCUGCAAUGUUCUCCAAGGUCCCUGUAGAACAAGGGUCACUUUGGGAAGGGCUCUAGGCCUGCCUGGUCCAGGCUCACUCCAGGCAGCUUCGGAGCUGAUGAGAGCAGGACUGCUCCAUCCUUGCAGUGACACCAUGGAUCCAUGUUACAACCACACAAGCUCUCAAAAAACCAUGGACCCCCGCAUGCAGCUGCUGGUCGGGUUCUCUCUGGGCAUCCUCAUCGUGAUCACUCUCUGUGGUAACAUCAUCGUCUGCCUGGCCGUCACCCUGGACCGGCGGCUGCGGAGCGUGACCAACCGCAUCAUCAUCUCCCUGGCCAUCACAGACCUGCUGCUGGGGCUGCUGGUGCUGCCCUUCUCUGCUUACUACGAGCUCACCAAGGAGUGGCCCUUUGGCAGCGUUCUGUGCAACAUCUACACCAGCCUGGACGUCAUGCUGUGCACGGCCUCCAUCCUCAACCUCCUCAUGAUCAGCCUGGAUCGCUACUUCGCCGUCACCACCCCGCUCCGCUACGGCCAGGUGGUCACUCCCUCACGGGUGGCCGUGGGCUUGGCUGUCAUCUGGACUGUUUCACUGAUGGUCUCCUUCCUACCCAUCCACCUGGGCUGGAACACCAAGGGGACAGCGGUGCAGAACACAAGCACCACCUGCAGCAAGGAGUGCACGCUGGGAGUGAACCUUGAGUACGGGUUGGUGGACAGCUUGCUCACCUUCUACAUCCCUCUGGUCAUCAUGUGCAUCACCUACUACAGGAUACUCAGGAUAGCCAGGGAGCAAGCCAAGAGGAUAAACCACACGUGGGGCAACGCGCCCAUGUCCCCCAUGGUGAAGGAGCACAAAGCCACUGUGACGCUGGCAGUGGUGCUGGGAGCCUUCACCGUGUGCUGGUUCCCCUACUUCACCCUCUUCACCUACCGGGGCGUGUCGGGGGACAGCCAGGUCAAAGGCACACUCAUGUCCAUUGUGCUCUGGCUGGGCUAUGCCAACUCAGCCCUGAACCCCAUCCUCUAUGGGACACUCAACAAGGAUUUCCGAGUGGCCUACCAGAACUUGCUGCACUGCUGCAGGACGGGAUACCCCAGGAACUCCCACCUGCCUCCACUGCAGGAGGCCCAACCCAGGGGCAGGGAGGGCCAGGGCAGGCAGGAGGGCAAACCCUUGAAGCUGGAGGUGAGGAAUGAGAAGGGGACUCUGCUCACUGAUGGAGCCCUCAAGAGCACUGGAGCUUUCCUGUGAGUCUCAGCCAGCCUGCUGCCCUAGGAUCCACAUCUCCCAGCCUUCAACUCCUGGCUGCCCUCUUCCAAAAUCCUGUGUGAGGUUGAAAGGACAACACUCUGCUUUCCUCAGCGCAAAACUCGACAGCAGAGGCGAGAGCUGCAGGGAUCCCUGCUCUGGCACAUGGCAUCACUCCAUCCCCAAACUCUGCUGGAGAGGCCUCUGCUGCCCAGGUUACUUCCCAGGAGGGUGCUGGGUUAGAAGAGCCCUCAGAGGAGCUGCAGAAGAACAUCUGCCCAUCCUGUGGGCAGUGACACUUUCACAUGAAGAGAUGCCUGGGGAGAUGGGUCAGGAAGCAUGCCUUGGCAGGGCAG